GAUUAAGUUGAUGCCACCAGAUGGAGAAACUUUAAACCCGCCAAGACACAAAAAUGUGUUUUUGUUUUCUUUAAAAAAUGUAUUGUUCAUGAUAAAAUACUCUUUAAGGAUUGAGCUGAUUGAUUUGUUUUUGUUUCUUGUUAAUUUAGUAAUUUUAAUGUUUCGAUUAACAUCUUUAACUUAACUAGUUUGCAUCUUUUGAAAUAAUUUAAAGCCUAGAUUGUGCCUUGAGAGAUGUCUCAAAAAUCUCAACCAACACUUCUUCGUUGGUUCACUAAAUCGCCAGCUACUAAUAAAACUACAACUGAGCCUGAUACCAAAAAUCAAACCAAAGAAAAUGUCAAUAAAAAUGUUACACCGGUUAAAUGUAAAGAAAGUCCCAAAGCAAAGGAAGGAGAAAGUAACAACAGAAUUGUUCCUAAAAGGCUUCUGGAAAGCCCUGGUCCGAGUACAGCCAGCGAAGAGUCAAGUCCUGAGCUUAAAACACCGUCUAGAAAACGACCAAAUACUAGAAAUCAUACUCCAGCCAAGCGAAGACGGGUUCGUAUAGAAGAUGAUAGCGAAGAUGAAUAUAAACCUGAUGCAAUUGAUGAAUCGAGUGAUGCGUCUGCUGAUGCAGUUUCCGAAGAAUCUCCUAUCGUUUCGGAGUCUGAAUAUGAUGAGGAUGAUGAUGAUAUUGUUGAAAGUAAACCAAAGAAAGCCAAAAAGGCAGCACCUUCAAAAGGAGCAGUAACACCUCGAACCAAAAAUAAAUCUAGUCUAAGUGAUAAAACAGUUGCCCGUUUAUCUGCAUUUUCAGCAGCUAAAACAGAUGAAUCUGUCGGAGUAUUGGAGAAUGAUGGUGCACGUGAAUGGCCUCAUUUGAAAUUCGAUUUUCUCCAACCUGAUAAAAUAAUGGAUAAACAACGUCGACGUCCUGAUCAUCCCGAAUAUGAUCCAACCACUCUUUAUAUUCCAGAAUCUUUCAUCAAAAAACAAACUCCAGCUCAUGCCCAAUGGUGGGAAUUUAAAGCUUCCCAUUACGAUACUGUUUUCUUCUUCAAGAUGGGUAAAUUUUAUGAGCUUUUCCAUAUGGAUGCCGUAAUUGCAGUCUCAGAAUUGAACUUGCUCUUUAUGAGAGGUGAAUAUGCUCACGCUGGUUUUCCCGAAAAGUCUUAUCGUCGAUUCAGUGAUGUUUUGCUUCAGAAAGGUUACAAAAUUGCUCGUGUUGAGCAAACUGAAACUCCCGAACAACGUGAUGAACGCUGUAAAAACCAGAAAAAGAAAGAUGCCGUUGUUUCUAGAGAACUUUGCAGAAUAACAACUGUUGGAACUCGAACAUCUUCCUUUUUAGAUGCUGAACCAUCGUCACCACAUUCCACUUAUCUAUUAGCCAUUUCAGAGCUUUCAGAUGCAGAGAAAUCACUCGAGGAGCCGAAAUUUGGUGUUUGCUUCAUCGAAACAUCAAUUGGAAAAUUUUACCUGAGUCAAUUUACAGAUGAUCGAUAUUGUUCUAAGCUGCGUACGUUAUUUACAUGUUUUCCACCGGCUGAAUUGCUCCUUGAGCGAAACAAAGCAUCACCAAAGUUGUUACAAAUCAUAUCCAACUGUUUACCUUCAGUGAAUAAAGUUAUGCUCAAACCUAAAGAAUUUUGGGAUCCUGAAAAGACUUUGAAAACCCUUAACCAAGAGUAUUACAAUAAUGAUUUACCAGCUUUGUUGGUGAAUAUGACCGAUCCUUCCGAUGCAUUGCGCCAAAAACCUCUAGAUGAAUUUAAAUUGUGCCUUCGUUCACUCGGUGCUGUUAUUUUCUACCUCAAAUCUUGUCUUAUUGACGAGGAACUAUUAUCAUUAAAACUUUACGAAAAAUAUGUUCCACCUUGUGGAGAUAAAAAUAAUAUUGGUGCCAAAGGAAAUAUGGUUAUUGACAGUGUUUCACUUAAGAAUCUGGAGAUAUUUGAAAAUAGCGCUGGUGGAACUGAAGGUACGUUAUUUAAUACCAUGGACUAUUGCGGCUCUAAAUUUGGAAAAAGAUUGCUCCGUUCUUGGUUAUGUGCUCCACUGUGUGAUGUCAAUUUGAUCAAUGACCGACUAGAUGCUAUUGAUGAUCUCAAAAAGUCUGAUUUACAGAGUACCGUACAAGAGCUAUCUGAUCUGAUCUCAAAAUUACCUGACUUAGAAAGGUUACUCAGUAAAAUACAUACUCAGGGCUGUGCACGGAGAAGCCGUGAACAUCCAGAUGCGCGUGCUGUUCUAUUUGAUAACGCCAUUUAUUCAAAAAGAAAAAUUCUUGAUUUUCUAGCUGCCUUGGAAGGAUUUAAGAUAACUCUACAAAUCCGUCAAUUACUUUACAAUGUUCGAGAUCAAUUGAAAUCCAAGUUGUUACUUAAAUGUGCCUCUUACCCCUCGGAAGGUUAUUUUCCUGAUAUUACAGGAAUCUUAACACAUUUUGAUGAAGCAUUUGACCAUAAUUUGGCCAAGAAAGAAGGUAAAAUAAUUCCCCGGUCCAAAGUUGAUGAAGAUUAUGAUCUUGCUGUUCGUGAUGAAAAAGACGUACAAGAUCUUUUGGAACAGGUUCGUCGUGAUGUAUCUUCCAAGUUGGGAGCUAAAGUCACUUUUGCUAAUUCUGGUAAGACUCGAUACAUGUUAGAGGUUCCUGAUGCCAUUUCUAAAAAAUUGAGCGAUGAUUACGAAUGGAAAGGAUCUCGAAAAGGAUUUCGUCGGUUUCACACUGCAAAGAUAACCACUCUGUUAACUGAGCUGGCUGGAGCUGAAGAAAGAAAAGAAAAUAUUCUUAAAGAUAUUAUGAGACGAAUCUUUGAAUCUUUUUCCAAAUAUUAUAAUGAUUGGAUCGCUGUGGUCAAGUGUGUUGCUCUUGUCGAUUGUUUGAUUAGUUUAACUAAAUGCUCUACAAAUAUGGUUAAGUGGGGAGCAACCAUAAGUCGACCAAUUAUUGAGGUUGAUCCAGAAAAGAAGCCUUUCAUUUCCAUUGAACAAGGUCGUCAUCCUUCUCUUCUUAAAUAUAAAAGUAACUUUGUUCCCAAUGAUAUUAGUCUAGGAGAUCAACUUCUUCUUCUUACUGGACCCAAUAUGGGAGGUAAAUCAACUCUCAUGAGACAAACUGGAUUGAUUGCAAUUAUGGCUCAAAUUGGUUGUUAUGUUCCUGCAUCAAAAUGCCAUUUAAGUUUACUUGAUGCCAUCUUUACUCGUCUUGGUGCUUACGAUCGUAUUACCGAGGGUCAAUCAACAUUUUACGUUGAACUGAGCGAAACCUCGUUGAUUUUGAAAAAUGCUUCCAAACAUUCACUUGUUCUAUUAGAUGAGCUUGGCAGAGGAACCUCAACUUAUGAUGGAACCGCUAUUGCUUCAGCUGUAAUUAAUGAGCUAAUUAAGCACAUUCAAUGUCGCACACUUUUCUCCACUCAUUAUCAUUCCUUGGUUGAACAAUUCUGCAAAGAUGAUCGAGUUAAACUUGGUCAUAUGGCUUGUAUGGUUGAAAAUGAGAAUGAAGAAGAUCCAUCGGAUGAAUCCAUCACUUUUCUCUAUCAAUUGACUGAUGGGCCUUGUCCUAAAAGUUAUGGUUUCAAUGCUGCUAAGCUUGCCGGAAUACCAAUUGAUAUUAUUCGUAAAGCUCAUGAAACAGCCAAAGCUUUUGAAACAUUUGGUAAAGCAAACAGAUUAAUGCGAUCACUAAUCAACGAUGAAGACAAACCAAUCAAUGAGCUGCGUAACAUAAUCAAAACUUUACAGUCCAUUCAAGUCAAGUUUUAAAGUUGAUCUCAUCAAAAAACUGUUUCACAAUUAAUGUUUGCAACAAAAAAGCAAGGAAAGGAAAAAAUUCAUAUAUUUUUCAUAUAAAAACUGGAAACGCAAAAUUAUUCUAAAUUUAAUCUCAUGCCAUUAUUACCUGCCAAUUAUUACAGUUACUUAUUUGUUCAUUAUUUUCAAUAGAUGUUGUUUGGUUAAUUUUUACGAGUUAUAAUAAAGCAACUGCAACAAUUAAAGUUACCAUUGAAAGACUUGAGA